AUGUCUCCCACUGCUGUCUCGAACCAGGAUGGCGCCGUUCUCGCCGUCAAGUCGGCCCCCGAUGUCGCUCCCCUCGAUGCCUCCAAGCUCAUCUACAACCUCACCAAGACGCCCAAGGCCGUCCCCUCUGAGGCUGAGGCCAACUCAGGCAAUGAGACUGUAGCCACUGACCACAUGAUCACGGCCACGUGGAACGCGUCGACGGGCUGGGGCGCCCCCGAGAUCAAGCCGUACGGUCCUCUGAGCCUCGCCCCCACGGCCUCGUGUCUGCACUACGCUACCGAGUGCUUCGAGGGCCUUAAGGCCUACCGCGGCUACGAUGGACGUCUGCGCGUCUUUCGCCCGGAUUGCAACGCCGACCGCAUGCGCAUGUCCGCCAGCCGCAUCUCCCUUCCCGACUUUGACCCUGCCGAGUUCGUUAAGCUCAUCACCGCCAUCCUGUCCGUCGAUGGCCCCCGCUGGCUGCCUCGCGACGCCCCCGGAAACUUCCUCUACCUCCGUCCCACAAUGAUCGGUACCCAUUCUCAGCUCGGUGUAAUGGCUCCCCGCGAGGCCUUGCUCUACAUCAUACUCACCUACAUGCCUCGUCUCGACGCCCCUCCCGGCGGCAUGCGUCUCCAGACAUCCCCCGGUGACAUGGUCCGUGCCUGGGCCGGCGGCUUCGGUUACGCCAAAGUCGGCGCCAACUACGGCCCGUCUCUCCCUGCCACCGCCGAGGCUCGCAAGAAUGGUUUCCACCAGAUCCUCUGGCUCUACGGUCCCACUGGCGAAUGCACAGAGGCCGGCGCCAGCAACUUUUUCACGCUCUGGAAGACCAAGGACGGUCGUAAGGAGCUCAUCACCGCUCCCCUUGACGACAAACUUAUCUUAGACGGUGUCACCCGUCGCUCCAUCAUCGAGCUCGUUAAGCAGAGACUCGCCGACGACAUUGUCGUCACUGAGCGCAAGUACUCUAUCGACGAGGUCAUCGAGGCCAGCAACGAAGGCCGCCUCAUCGAGGCCUUUGCUGCUGGCACUGCCUUCUUUGUCUGCGCCGUUUCGCAGAUCCACCACCGUGAUAUCGACAUAAACAUCCCCACGGGCGCCAAUGAUAUGGGCGAGGUCACCACGAAGAUCAAGGGAUGGGUCGGCGACAUUAUGUACGGCCGUGCUGAGCACGAGUGGGGCGUUGUCAUUCCCGAGGAGCAGUAG